ACGCCCUGUUUCCGGGCUCAGGCGGAAAGAAAAGUAUUCGGAUUGGGUUAUUACAGAUCGGAAUUAGAGGAGCUGAAGAUGGACGAUUUCAAAGACAAGCUUUCCCCGGUCAUUAAGCACGCAUUGCAAGCUGCCGCGGACACGGUGAUCAGAGAAAUCACGCAGCUGCUCAGGAACGAGUUCACUGAACUGUCUGAAAGAGUGGAAGAAAUGAAAGAGCUCAAGCUUCGCUUGGAAAGAUCAGAGAGCGAGCUGAAACAGCUGAGGCAGUAUUUAAAAACUGCAGAGAAGGGCAGCCUCACACCAUCGCGAGUAAACAGCCAGGAACGCGACUCCCAGUUCAACAGAGCUGCAGGAGACCAUGCCGAGAAAGAAAGCGCUGAUAUUACCGGAGUGAACGUUUCAUUCUUCAAUAGAGCAAAGAGGGGCCCCGCCAUUGAACACAGCGCCCCCCAGCGUGCUUGCACCAGUCAAGCAGCCCCGUCCAUAAAGGACUGGCCGCUGGUUUUAUUAAUCACACCAGAGAUCGUCACAGAAGAUAACAACCAGGAGUUACUGAUCUCUGACCAGAGUGUGGACACGUGGAUUAGAAGCAUUGUGGACAGAGCAGGACUGGAGAAAGAGGCUCAAGAGGAAACUGGUCCUGACAACAUAGCUUUACAGAUUCCAGAGCAGGACCUUCACCAGGAAUACCGUGCCGUUCAGACUGAGGCUCCCCAGGUAUCUGUUCAAAGCAAUGACGAGGUCCCGUUGCAGGGCUCCAGCCACAGUGAAGAGCAAGGCACUGAAGUGGAGCCUGUGUUCAUUACUGAAGGUGCUGGUGAAUCAGCAGCUGCCCAUGUUAAAGAAGAGCUCCCGGAAUUGGAAUCUGACAGGCAUUCCAGAGCUGUUCCUGACAUGGAGUCGGUUCAGAUGAAAGAGGAAAUUACUGAAGAGCGCAGUAAUAAUAAUGAUGGUGAUGACGAGAACGAUGGAUCCAUCCACUGUAAAGAAGAGGCGCACAUUUCUAAAGAACUCAGUGCUGGUGCUCACAAUGAAAGCACUGCACUUGGGAGCGUCAGGCCAGAAGCUCCUGUGCACAGUAAUGGGCAGGUCUAUAAUGACAGGAGCACAGAUGAUACAGAGAAAGAGAGCAGCUCCGUGGAGAACUUGGGCAGCAAGGACUGUGAAGAGAGAGCAGUGAUCUCUCCAACCAGUGUGACCUGUAAGUACAACAAACACUGAUAACAGUGUGACCUGUAACUACA